GGCAAAAAAUCGCACACCGAAGCAUCAAACUGAAGAAAGCGACGCAGAAAGUUGCAUUUAUUUACUAAAACUAUCUUGAUUAAACGCUAUUAACAUUGUGAAAUGGAGGGCUUCGACGAUGCGGGUGUGUUUUUCUCGGACAACUUCGGUAACGACAAUCAGCCGGAUGCGCAAAUUAAUCUGCAGGCAGUGAAGAAGAAGUACAAGGAGUUCAUCCGCACCUUUAACGAGGAGAAUUUCUUUUAUAAGUACCGCGACACCCUGAAGAGAAACUACCUCAAUGGCCGCUACUUUCUUGAGAUCGAGAUGGAGGAUCUGGUCGGCUUCGAUGAGGCUCUGGGGGACAAGCUGAAUAAGCAACCGACGGAACACUUGCAGAUCUUCGAGGAAGCCGCUCGGGAAGUGGCUGACGAGAUAACAGCACCGCGACCGGAUCACGAGGAGCAGAUGCACGACAUUCAGAUCCUGCUCAGCUCUAAUGCGAAUCCCACUAAUAUUCGGGAGCUGAAGUCGGACUGCGUAUCGAAGCUGGUCAAGAUCGCCGGCAUCAUAACGGCAGCCUCGGGGAUCAGUGCCAAGGCCACACGCAUGUCCAUCAUGUGUCAGUCGUGCAGCACCGUCAUUCCCAAUCUGAAGGUGAACCCGGGUCUGGAGGGCUACGCCCUGCCCCGCAAGUGCACAACGGAACAGGCGGGCAGGCCCAAGUGCCCGCUCGAUCCCUUCUUCAUCAUGCCAGACAAGUGCAAGUGCGUCGAUUUCCAGACGCUAAAGCUGCAGGAGCUGCCCGACUUUGUGCCGCAAGGAGAGAUUCCCCGUCACUUGCAGCUCUUCUGCGAUCGCUCGCUCUGCGAACGAGUCGUGCCCGGCAACCGGGUGCUUAUCCAGGGCAUUUACUCUAUCCGCAAGGUGGGCAAACCCUCGCGUCGGGAUGGCCGCGAGAAGGCCGUCGUGGGUGUACGUGCACCUUACAUGCGCGUGGUGGGCAUAUCCGUGGACUCUGAGGGAGCCGGUGCCAUUUCUCGCUACAGCAACAUUACCAGCGACGAGGAGGAACACUUCCGUCGCCUGGCCGCCUCCAAUGACAUAUACGAACGUCUGUCGCAGUCGUUGGCGCCCAGCAUCUUUGGAUCGCGCGACAUCAAGAAGGCCAUCACAUGCAUGCUCUUCGGGGGCUCCCGGAAACGCCUGCCCGAUGGACUAUGCCGUCGUGGCGACAUAAACGUCCUGUUGCUGGGCGACCCCGGCACGGCCAAGUCUCAGCUGCUCAAAUUCGUGGAAAAGGUGGCUCCCAUUGCUGUCUACACCUCGGGCAAGGGGUCCAGUGCCGCCGGUCUGACGGCUUCAGUCAUGAAGGAUCCCCAGACGCGCAAUUUUGUGAUGGAGGGCGGCGCCAUGGUGCUGGCCGAUGGUGGCGUCGUCUGCAUUGAUGAGUUCGACAAGAUGCGCGAAGACGACCGCGUGGCUAUCCACGAGGCCAUGGAGCAACAGACCAUAUCGAUUGCCAAGGCUGGUAUCACAACCACCUUGAACUCGCGCUGCUCGGUCCUGGCAGCGGCAAACUCCAUCUUUGGCCGAUGGGACGAAACCAAGGGCGAGGAGAACAUCGACUUUAUGCCAACCAUUCUGUCCCGUUUCGACAUGAUCUUUAUUGUCAAGGACGUGCACGACGAGACGCGGGACAUUGUACUAGCCAAGCACAUCAUCAACGUGCAUCUAAGCUCUAACAAGUCGGCGCCCUCGGAGCCGGCCGAAGGCGAGAUUUCGCUGUCCACAUUCAAGAAGUACAUCCACUACUGCCGCACACACUGUGGUCCCCGGCUGAGCGAGGCAGCUGGUGAGAAGCUGAAGAGCCGUUAUGUCCUCAUGCGCAGCGGUGCUGGUCAGCAGGAGAAGAACGCCGACAAACGCCUCAGCAUUCCGAUCACCGUGCGCCAGCUGGAGGCCGUUAUCCGCAUAUCUGAGUCGCUGGCCAAGAUACGCCUACAGCCCUUUGCCACCGAUGAGCACGUGAACGAGGCACUUCGCCUCUUCCAAGUUUCCACCUUGGACGCUGCCAUGACCGGCAGCUUGGCCGGCGCCGAGGGAUUCACCACAGAGGAGGACCAGGAUAAGCUGAACCGCAUUGAAAAGCAGCUGAAGCGUCGAUUCGCCAUUGGAUCCCAGGUCUCGGAGCAGAAUAUUCUGCAGGACUUCUUGCGUCAGCAAUACGAUGAGCGUACGGUUAUGAAGGUGAUCCACACCAUGAUUCGACGCGGAGAACUGCAGCACAGGAUGCAACGCAAGAUGCUUUAUCGCAUGUGCUAGCCACUGUGUCUCAGAUCAUUAUUUACCCAUCGUUAAAUGUUGCAUCAAAUCUUUGUCAUUUUCAUACUGUCAUUAUUAAAUUAAGCAUAAUA